AAAAGUCAAACACUUUUCUCAAUUGCCACGUGCCAGAACACUGAACAUUCACCAAAUUUCUCUCAUUAGAGCGUUUCUCUAGGAUAACCCAACCCAUACAAUGUGGAUGCAAUUAGGCUGUCGCGGGCUUGCAAAAAGCCCCAGGCGAAAAGAUGAAGACAUUGAGCCACAAUCUAUUAUUGCCAGUGCAUACAGGCACGAAUACAUAUACAACACAUAUUUGGCUAAGAAUACUUUUCAAUUACCAUCGGGCACAGAUAGCGUCUAUCUCGCCAACCCUUCGAUGAACGAGCUAAUGCGAGCUAUUCAAAGUGGCUCCUCAAUGGACACAUUUAAGCGCGUCAUAGUAUCAAUGAUUGUCCCAAUUCCCAGAACUUCCCAGCUGCUGGCACAGGCGAACUCUCCUUGCUAUCAAAAUUUAAGACUUACCCCAAAUGUAGUGCACCGAAGUCAUUCUUUCGAUCAGCCGCAAGUGGGAAUGUCAGUUCAACGACUGCCGAGAGUGCACUCGGAGGGCGAUUUGUUGCAGCCCAGGAGGUCGGUUUGUGAUGAGAUGAUCUCUAGAGAUGCUUUGCCAGCGCGUGUGGCUCCUUCGGAAAUGCCCACGAAGCCCCAGGAAGUGGCGACCGAGGAGCCCAGUGUCCAGUGGAAUGCAUGCUAUUGGAUUGGCUUGGCACACUUGCUAAUGAUAAUUUCUUGCAUGCGCGGACUCUUUUAAACAGGCAUUCAAAUAUAGAACGUCUGAAUACUGCUGUGAACUCUGAUGCAUUAAAGAAUCAAGUUUUUUACUUGUCUCACAGCGU